AUUGCCUCCUUGCAGGAUGAGUCAAAAUCCUGAUAAGUUGUUUGACUUGAUGUCAAGUCUUUAGCUACUUAAGACAUGAUUGGUGUUGAACUGAGAAUGAUGCUUCCCUGGACAUUGAUGAAGGAUUUUUGGCUUUCGAGGAAAGGACAACUUUAUUAGGACAAAGUUUUGAAGAGCCCAUAGGUAGCCCGUCGUUUUUAAAACCCUCUGUGCCGCUUUUUGUCUGAGUUGCCAGUAUCUCCAUCAUCAACUUAACCCUGUCUUUACGCUGGGUCACCACCAACAUGAUGAACGUCAAUAAUACUGAAUCCUGGGUUUCUAUCAACACCUCCUUUUCCACUCUGCCUAUAACAAACACACCAGCUAACAGGAGUGGCAUGGGAGCAUAUCUAGAAAGACUGGCCCAUUUAGAUGAAGGACUGUACAAUGAUUUCUACGGCCUCUGGAUUUCGCUGAUGGUCAUAAACUCUGUCAUAUUCCUGGUGGGCAUGGUGCUCAACACAGUUGCACUUUACGUUUUUUGUUACCGUACGAAACAGAAGACCACCUCAGUGAUCUACACCAUCAACCUGGCAGUGACGGACCUCUUGGUGAAUCUAUCUCUGCCAACCCGCAUCUCACUCUACUACAGCGGUGGAGCUUGCCUCACCUGCUCCUACAUGCACAUAUUCAGCUACUUUGUGAACAUGUACUGCAGCAUCUUAUUUUUAACCUGCAUAUGUGUCGACCGUUACCUUGCCAUUGUGCAGGUUGAAGCUUCACGUCGUUGGAGGAACUCCAGCGUAGCCAAGCUGGUCUGCAUUACAGUCUGGCUGUUUGCCAUCGUGGUCACAUACUCCUUUCUCUCCACUGCAUUCCAGCACACAGGCUGCUGCAUUUCAAAGCUCCUCUUCCUCACAAUCACUGAGUUCUUUUUACCCCUCAUCGUCAUUGUGGUUUUUACUCUUCGCAUUAUGUGGGCCCUGACAGACCGUCGACUCAUGCAGCAGAGCAGGAAGCGGAGGAGAAGAGCCGUCCAGCUGCUGACUACUGUGCUAAUCAUCUUCACAGUCUGCUUCACUCCCUUCCACAUCAGACAAGUUUUAUUGUAUUUCUACCCUGACAUGCCUCAUCAAGUGAUUGUGUACCACUUAACCGUCACUCUAAGUAGCUUGAACAGCUGUAUGGAUCCAGUUGUCUACUGCUUUGUAACAAAUAAUUUUAAGGCUACAAUGAAGCAUAUUUUCCGUCGUGCUGAGCCAGAGCAGACGAGUGCUGAUAUUGUCAGUAUGCAGCACAGCUCCAAGGCCUCUGGGGGAACAGUUAGUGCCAUCACCAAUAACAGGAUCAUGAUGACCAGGAUUCCCAGCAUACGACUGAGAGACAUUUUGGAUAACAGUCAGACUCCAUGAAACUGUGCAAGCAAGAGGUGUUUGGUUUUAUAAUUGACAGAGAUAAAUAAUUUUUUAGAACAUUUGAUUAUCAAAAAAUGGUUUCCAAUGUAAUGACCGUGAAUCUUCAGCUCAGGACUUAUAGUCAAGAUAUAAGUUUUUAAUGUGAGUUCUACAGCAAAAAGAAAUAUAGGUGGGUGUGACCAAUUAUGGGCAAUGACAAGAGACAGAUUUUGUUUGCAACCAACUAUUAUCAUGCAGAGCCAUAAUCAUCAUUCUCAGUUUUCAUCUGAUGAUGUUCCUUUUCAGAAGACUAACAGAGGACCUUUGUAUCAUUGCCUGAAUGAGUUAAAGGAUAUACAAUGAAGUCUCAUUGAAGCUUCUUCAGAUAUAAUGAAAUGUAUUGACAUCAUUGCAUUUAAAAAUAAAAAAGUAUUUGCCUUGUAAGCUAAUGCUUUUA